AUGCCAAUGAGGCCGAAUCUCUUAGCAAGUCGGAAGACCCGAUCUUCGAUUGCAAAACAUAGCGGUCACCUCAAUGGCUCCAAAUCCGAUGGGUCACUGCGAUGGGGACUGUUCGAGCUGCGGCGUGGCCCCGGUACUUGCGCACGAUCUGUCCCAAGGCUCCGACAUGUGUCUUUACCGAAUACAAGCUCCUCGUACAUCCCGCUCGUGACCUCCCAAUCAAUACGGAACCUUUCCAAUACCACUCGCAAAGAUGGCAUAUGGGAUGACGACGAUGAAGUCCCAGAGCCAAAACCCGUGCAACGAGUUCCAGGCCGGCCGGCUUUUGUGCGCCCUACCCAACAUCGAGACCUAGCCAGCUUGAUUCGAUCGAGAGUAGACGGGAAAAAUCGAGUCGCUCAACGUCUGCGCAUUGAGAAGGAGUUCAAUUCGCUACCUUCAUAUCAGGAACUGGUUGGGAAUUUUAUCCAAUUGAAGUACAAACAUGUUGAUGACCUUCUUGAUGAAUCCAUCAAGACCAACCUAGCAUGUGAAGCCGAAUAUGGAGCUCUCUCAUCAAUAUUUCAAAAGCAAAUCAAUGAUGUGCUCUCACGGAUAACAAAACAGGCUCUCCAUGCCGAAAAGACCACUCAAAAAUGUGUGAAUGAAUGGAAAAGCUUGUCAAGCUUCAUCAGAGUGCGAAGUGUAACUAUGGUCUCAGACACCACGGAUUCAGUUCUACGAGCAGAGAAGGUCACUCAGAAGUAUAUCGCUGAAGUGAUUCAACUGUCAUCUUCCAUACUGGGAUUGGACCGAAUACAGGCUGCUGUCACGAAAGCAGAGAAUACCGGUCGAAUGAUUGAUCAUGAUUUCUGCUGCAUUGUCUUUGGUAGAACUUCAGAAUGGAAAAGAAAGCUGGAAAUAUCCGCCCAGAAGAUCUAUGGUUGGCAGAAGUGUCUUCGUACGGCUCAAAAAACACUCCUACCACCUCUAGUCAACAUUUCAGAGCUUUCCAUAUGUCGGUUGAGAGAUACUCUCAACGAUGAUUACCUACAACCCCGGUAUACCGCAAGAAGUCGAAUUGAUCGGGUUCUUCAUCAAAGCGAACUGGUUCAGAAGACCUACGAUGAGUUGCGACUGAAAAGCCAUAACACACAGAUUUUCGCCAUCAGGGCCCUUUGCAUGGCGCUUCAAGAACGCUCGAACCUUCGCCCAACCGAUAAAUGGGUGUUUGGCCAGUACAAAGAAAUCCUUGAGCAUAGUGAUCGCGAUGUGAGUAUACGUGCGCAUAAUUACCGUGGAGUCUGGCUCAGAAGGCAAAUGGCUUUGCAUCCACUUCGACAAAGUGAACUAUGGAAUUUGCGGGAUUUCAUGGCGGAAGCUACGUCCGCACGUUCUCCUAGAGCUACUGACAGGCGGGUCUUGCUUGCGCUUGCACUAGGUGCGCCCAAGAACUCACCGGAGAGUCAGUACUUACACAAAAAUCCACUCAUCAUAUCCAACAAGAUCUAUCUCGAAUACAAGGGUCUUUGGAUGCCAAAACCGGCACGCAGCCCUCAGCUAAAUAUCUACUGGCGACAGUUGGAUGUAAUAGCGCCACUGCUCAUGACUGAUGUUCUCAUAUGGAGGCUUCAAAAUGAAGUUUGGUACCUUCACCACAGCCUUAGAGGCGAUUUCGGGGCAUUGUGGGAUUGGGUCCCUGAGCAGACUUUGUCGCAUACUGUUUCAAAACUAGCCGACUGGUCCAUUGAUUUCCAGAAACAUCGCAGUGCUCUUCGACAAAUGACCUCUGAAUACAGGCAUAUAAACUGGCUGCGUCUUCGAUCGGAAACCUUGCUACACUCAAUGGGACAACCUGUCUAUCUUGCUGGAAAGUUUGAAGUCCUCAAUCCAAUGAGCCAGGAUAUCCGUGGCUUUAAGCAAUGGGCCGAUCGCCUGGGAAAGGUCACUUCUGACGCCCAUAUUCCCUUAAUCGCCAUUCGGCAGACGCGAACGGAUUGGGAGUCCAUCCACAGCGAGAUUGAGCGCAACAUUGGGGGGGCUGCUUCCGUAAACUCCCACAUUUUAGAACUGGGUUCUUCGACCAAGAAACUCAGGCGUAAGAAGGGACGAGAGGAAUUCGCAUCCCCCAAGGCCAGGGCAGCUUUUAUCAAAUUAUCUCAAAGCCGUCUUUCAAGAUAUAUCAAAGGGCAAUUGUCGCGCCAUUCCGAGUCUCCGCCUGCCAGUCAGGGCAAUCAGGAGUUCGGUCAGGUAGAGAUGCCCUCGAACCAUUUAUUGAACAGCAGAAUGUGGAGAAUGAAUAGGAGAGCCGAACUACAGCAUGCAGCUGAGUUAGCUGCUAACCAAGGCAGUCAAGAGGAGAGCCGCCUCGGACACAAACCAUCUCCCAAUCCUUCGGCAAGAAAAGCCGAGGACCACACAGCAGAGGGCAAGCUUGUAUCAAAACCACUCCCACUCGAUGAGCCUACCGGUCAGGACAAUCAGGAGGACAGCCAGCUCAUCUACAAGCCAUCACCCAAACUCUGGAAGAGAAAAUCUAGGAGCCUUGACGCGCCCGAGUUCAACCCGUUCCUAGCGCCUUCUAGCCAGACAAAUCAGGAGGGGAGCCAGGCUCUUCCCAAGCCACCACCUAUACCCUCGAAGAGUGAAGAGGUGAGCCUCAGCACGGAGCCACGUCUUGAUGACCUCCGUCCACCAAUUCCAAGAGGAACCAGCAAUGGACUCCCAGGCACAAUCACACACAACGGACUACGACCGGCAAUUAUGCUUCCGAGGAAACCAUUUGCUAAACCAGAACCAAACGAUGGGAGAAAGUAUAGCACGAAUGCAAUUUUCCACAAAACACAACUUCGACAAAGCAGUGGUGUCAGCGAUGAUUCCCUGUCUGAACAGCCACUUGAAACCCCUAUGUCUUCGGUCCCAGAUACUACGAACGGACAUGAGCCGGGAUCUGUUGAAGAAAACAAUUUCACGGGUGAACCAAUUCCAUCUUCAGACAUUGGUUCCAGUGCCAACAAUCUUACAACACCCCAGUUCUGGAGCCAUAGUUCACAGCAAAGCCCCAAUGGCCGGAAACUCAUCGUGCAUUAUUGCCGGUCCCUUCAAAGCACCGAAGAAGCCGUGCAACACUUCCUCGCAAGCAAAGUCAUUGGAUUCGACAUGGAAUGGAAGGCUCAAGCAUCCGGCUGGGAUAGCAUUCAGAGCAAUGUCUCCGUGAUCCAAAUCGCAAACGAGGAACGUAUCGCCCUCUUCCAGGUUGCACUCUUCAAGCCUGCACGUUCUCUGGAUGACUUAGUUUCCCCGUCAUUGAAACGCCUCGUUGAAUCUCCUGAUGUCAUUAAAGUGGGCGUUUCAAUCAAGGCAGACUGCACGCGGCUGCGCAAGUAUCUCGGCAUCGAUGCCAGAGCCACCUUCGAGCUCAGCCAUUUGUACAAAUUGAUCAAGUACGGCAAAGACAAUCCCAAGUUGGUGAACAAGAGGGGCGUCAAUCUCAGCGAGCAAGUAAACGAGCAUUUCGGUCUUCCUCUCGAGAAAAGUGAUGAUGUCCGCUGUGGUGAUUGGACUCGGGCUUUGAGUUAUCGUCAGGUUCAAUAUGCUGCUACCGACCCGUAUGCUUGCGUUCGUCUGUUCCACGCCAUGGAGGCGAAAAGACAAGCCAUGAACCCAAUGCCGCCUCGUCCCGCGUUCGCUGAACUCAACCAGCCCAUUGUUCUUCCACUUGGACAAGCAGUCAACAGCGAGGAGGAUCCAUUGAUCUAA